UAUAAAUACAACUCUCUCAUCCAUUUAUCCAUCACACUCUAAAGCAAAUCACUUAAAACUAUAUAUCAAGAACCUUUUACACUUCUCAAUUUCUCCAACCCCCCACCCCCACCCCCGCCCCCCACCCCAAACAAUGUGCAAAAAGGAAAUGAGUCCAAAAGAAAACUUCAAUGUGAUAGUGAACAAGACUGAAAUAGUAGCAGCAGUAUUGCCAAUACAAGAACAUUGGCUACCAUUAUCCAAUCUUGAUUUACUCUUACCACCAUUAGAUGUUGGAGUUAUAUUCUGCUAUUUAAAUCCCAUUAUUAUAAAUAAUUUAGAAUUUAACUCAAUAAUAAAAAUUCUCAAAACAUCUUUAUCUGAAACAUUAGUUUCUUACUAUGCAUUUUCAGGUGAAAUUGUUCAAAAUUCCUCCGGUGAACCGGAGAUUUUAUGCAAUAAUUCUGGUGUUUAUUUUGUUGAAGCUUUUGCUGAUGUUGAUCUUAAAGAGAUUAAUUUUUAUAAUCCAGAUGAAAGCAUUGAAGGAAAAUUUGUUCCUAAAAUAAAGCAUGGUGUACUAGGGGUUCAGGUUACACAACUCAAAUGUGGAGGAAUAAUAGUUGGUUGCACAUUUGAUCAUAGAGUUGCUGAUGCAUAUUCAGCCAACUUAUUUCUUGUGUCAUGGUCUGAAUUAGCUCAAUCCAAGCCACUCUCUCAGCUCCCAUCUUUUCGACGAUCGCCUCUUUUUCCGCGACAUCCUGGAUACUACGAUGGCUCAGUUGAUGGCUUAUACGUACCAAUACCUAUCGUACCUCUGAGAAAACUCGAAACCCUGAACCCUGACGAUCAGGUCAUAAGUAGAAUUUACUAUGUCACGGGGGACAAAAUCGGGCACAUUCAAUCACUAGCCAAUUGUUGUGACAGAAAGGGUGCGAAACGGUAUCAGAGGUCUAAACUUGAAUCGUUCAGUGCUUUCCUAUGGAAAACUAUUGCAUGUGGAGUUAAUGUAGAAACUUCGAAUUUCAAGAAUUUUAGGUUUGGUAUCGUGGUCGAUGGUCGUACCAGAUUGAUGAGUAGUAAUGUCGAUGAUGAUGAUAAUCGAGGUAAAUGGGUAAAAGGGUAUUUCGGUAAUGUUCUGUCUAUCCCAUUUGGAGAGAAAAAAAUUGAUGAACUAAAAGCAAAGUCAUUGGAUUGGACCGCGAAUGCAGUUCAUGAAUUUCUUGAUAUCGCGAAAACAGAAGAGCAUUUUCUUGGGUUGAUCGAUUGGGUCGAGGCACAUCGACCCAAACCAUCCAUGGCUAAAAUAUAUGUCACGGAUGACGAUGGACCGACCGUCGUAGUUUCAUCAGGGCAACAUUUUUCAUUCAAAAUGGUUAAUUUUGGUUGGGGUGACCCAAUCUUUUGGUCAUAUCAUUUUCCAUGGGCUGGAAAAUCAGGAUAUGUAAUGCCAAUGCCAAGCCCAAAAGGAAAUGGAGAUUGGAUUGUAUAUAUGCAUCUCUUGAAAUGGCAAAUGGAAAUUAUUGAGGCUUCUGCUUUCCACGUGUUUGAACCCGUGACUGCAAAUUAUCUCAAUUUGAUCUGACUGUAGUCCGUCCAGAAUAACUUUAGUCAUCGGGCCAUAUUCAUCUAUCCUAUCUAAAUAAUAAUGUGUUUUUAUUUUGUUUAUCGUCAUGUGAAUAUGCAAAAAAUAAUGUUAUUUAAACAUAUGUCAAUUCUUAUUUGAGGCCAAAACUACUUUAGUCAUCGGGCCACAUUCAUCUAUCCUAUCUAUCUAAACAAUAAUGGGUUUUUAUUUUGUGUAUUUAUUUAUCAUCAUGUGAAUAUACAAAAAAUGUUGUUUAUA